AUGCUUGUAGAUAAUCAUAAUGCUCUUACUGUGGGUAGCUUAUGGUCUCCUGUAAUUGUUUGGGCAAUCACAUUAAGUGUAGAUUUUUCACUUGCACAGCUUAUUCAAGUGAUCAUUCUCAUUAGCACUGGUGGAAAAACUGGUGGUGGAUAUGAGGCCUCAAAGUACUCAGUCAUUGCUUUCCAUGGUGGAAUUUUGCUUCUUCAUGCUAUCACAAACAAUCUUCCCAUAUCUUGGUUAUCUUUCUUUGGACAGUUGGUUCUUACAUGGAAUAUUGUUGGAGUGUUUGUUCUUAUUAUCCUCAUUCCUUCUAUUGCCACUGAGAGAGCUAGUGUCAAAUAUGUCUUCACUCACUUCAACACUGAUAAUGGGCAAGGAAUCGGUGACUCGGUUUACAUUUUCAUUCUGGGGCUUUUGAUGAGUCAAUAUUCACUAACUGGUUAUGAUGCAUCUGCUCACAUGACAGAAGAAACCAAGAAUGCUAAUAAGAAUGGACCAAGAGGAAUAAUUAGUGCUGUUCGGAUUUCUAUCAUUGUUGGACUGUGUUACAUACUUGACAUCACUUUUGCUGUAACCAAUAUCACAUCCCUUUUGGAUGAAAAUAAUGAUUCUGGUGGUUAUGCCAUUGCUGAAAUAUUUUACCAAGCAUUUAAGAGUAGAUAUGGUAGUGGUGUUGGGGGUAUUGUUUGCUUGGGAGUGGUUAUUAUAAUUCUUUUAGAGGCGGUCCUAGUUAAGAAUGAUGGCGAAGAGAUGGAGGAACGUCACGAGACGAUACCUGACAUGGAAGGGGAAAUGAAUUUCAUAAUGUCGACAAGAGGAAGAAGAGUAAAAGGUAGCAGAGGAAGGGGAAGAGGCCGAGAAAGAGAUGCCUCUACUAACCCUAAUGCUGAAGAAAUAUCUAACCUAAGAAUGCCAUUAGCCCAACCAGCAGCCCCAGCUGCACCAGCUGUGGAUUUCGCUACAAAGAUAGCAAGAUUGGGGGAACAAUUAAGGCAGAGGGACGAAGAGUUGGCUUAA